AUGGGCUUUCCCAUUCCAGCCGACAAGAUCGAAUAUCGACACUACAUCAAUGGCGAAUUCGUCGAAUCGUCCGACCAGGGCAAAUUCGAGCUCUACUCCCCUUUCAACCACGAGAAGAUCGUCGACAUCUGCGAAGCCUCAGAGGACGACACCAAUCGUGCGGUGGCAGCAGCAAAAGCCGCGUUUCCUGCAUGGGCCGCCAAGAGCCCGGCCGAACGAGGUCUAUUGAUGAAAGCCCUGGGGGCAAAGAUUCGAGAAGCUCACAAUGAGCUCGCUCAGCUGUGUGCGAUGGAUAUGGGUCGACCAGUAUCCACGUUCUUCGAUGCAUUCGUCGCUGCGGAUGUGUUCGAGCACCAUGCCGAGAUGGGCUAUGAAGUCAAGGGGGAGACGAGUUUGAAUACUCCCGGAUUCGUCAACAUGACAUUCCGGCAGCCGAUUGGACCUGUCGCUGCCAUCAUUCCAUGGAACAUUCCCACGCUGAGCUUUGCCAUGAAGAUAGCGCCUGCAAUUACGGCAGGGUGCACAAUCGUACUCAAGACGUCUGAGAAGGCUCCGUUGACGCCAACAAAAUGCGCGCAAUUAGCUCACGAGGUGGGCUUUCCGCCGGGUGUCAUCAACGUCCUCAAUGGCCAUGGCACCCCUUCCGGUGCCACACUCGCGAGCCACAUGGAUAUCCGCUUGGUGAGCUUUACGGGCUCCACUGCCACUGGGAAGAAGAUACAACAAAUGGCCGCGGCCAGUAACCUCAAGAAAGUUGUCCUGGAGCUCGGUGGAAAAUCACCAGCCAUCAUAUUUGACGAUGCGGACCUUGUCAAAGCCGCAAGCGAUACUUCGGCUUCCGUGCACACUCUCAUGGGCCAAGCCUGUGUCGCCAACAGCAGGAUAUACGUACAAGAGAGCAUCGCGGAGAAGUUCAAAGAGGCUUUCCUCGCCAUCUUCACAGCUGCAAUGAAGGGAGACCCCCUCAUGCCGGAGACCAAGCAAGGCCCCCAAGCCGAUAAACUCCAGCACGAGAGGAUUCAGACGUUCUUGAAGGCUGCCAGUGAAGGCAAGGGAAAGCUCGAGGCAGGCGGCAAGGCAACACAGGUGGAAGGAAAGGGCUACUUCAUCGAGCCAACAGCCUACUCCAACGUAGAUGAGAACGAAAAGACCCAGAAGGAGGAAGUCUUUGGGCCUUUCGUCAAUAUCAACACGUUCAAGACCGAGGAAGAAGCGCUCGAGAAAGCAAACGCCACCGAGUAUGGCCUGUAUGCUUCUGUCUAUACCCGUGAUAUCAGCCGUGCGUUGCGUGUAGCCAAAGCAUACGAGUCCGGAACAGUUGGCAUCAACUGCACAAGCCCAAACAUGGCCAUGGACAUGCCAUUCGGAGGUUAUAAAGGUAGCGGGCAGGGUCGAGAGGGCUAUGGGUACAGCUUAGAGGAGCAUCUGGAAUACAAGACUGUGCUCAUCAGUAUUGGUACCGAGGAUAGCUCGCCAUUCAAAGCAUAGGAAGGCUAGUUUUAUGGGUCGAUAGGUAGCCCAAGCCCAUAUCCGAGCUGAGGGACCAGCUUAGUUAUCCUUGAUAGCAUGAUUUGUAAAAGAGCGAAGAUUGAAGGCGAACGUUCCCCCGAAAGCACCCAGAUGACGAUUGUACGCACAUCCUCUUCUUAGGCGGCACUGCAACUCUCUAUAGUCCACAUUGCUGCCAUUGUGGCCACAUCAGCUUCUGUGCAUGACGAGGAUAGCCAGUCUGGUCCGAGAAGCAGUCUAUAUAGCAACUUUGUACUAUUUCUGCAGGUCAAGUCUAGAGCACUCGAAAAAGCACCAGACUCGGUGAUUCGAGCAUUGGUCUGAUACGAAAUGCUGCAUUCCUUGGAAUUAAGCAACGAUGAAGCAUGGAUACCUGAGAUGAGAUGAGUCGGCGCCUGCUACCCGGUAUGCUUCCUUGCUUUGGCUUCGCCCAGUCCAGCCGUCUAGAUGGGAUAGACGGCGUGUAUGCAAUCAUUGGUAGCUUCGUGAUCAAGGUACCUGCGUAAUAUGAGUCUUGGCCUGAGCUCCCGAGAAGUGUAGCGAUGCUGAGAUACAGACACGAUGGCUGCAUCUCAUUGCCGCCAUAGAGGUCUUAUAUAUCUGGUCUGAGUCUUUGAGGACUUUCGCCUUUCCACAUGGCGCCUGAUCAUACCGCGUCCAUCGCGGCUCGGGAGGACAGUGUCUCAUUCUUGUUACCCAGUCUGCUAAUCUGCAGAAAGGCAUCGCAACCCCAACCUUCCAGACUAUGGACCUCAAGGCUGCCGGCCCAAUACUCCGCAUAGAUCUUGCUCAUCGGCAGACCCAUUCCCAGCUUCAAGUCCGGUGGUCUAUUCAAGAGUGAUGCCAAGGAGUCUUUGAACUGCUCGCCAGGCUUCUUGCCAGCUCGAUCAUGAUCCUCUGGCGUCUUGAGCUCCUGUGUUGUGGCUGCGAGUCGAGGGACUCGACCCAGAUUUUUCAGUCUGUUUGAUCGACGUGGGCCCUUUGCAAAAGACCAGAGAUACGGCAAGACCUCUCGAUCAACACCGCCUCCUUGAUCGGAAACGCGUAUGAUGAUGUGCUGUGCUGCUUCGCAGAUGAGGACUUCAAUGGGCGGUGAGUUUUUGAGACCCUUUUGCUCGACCACAGCCUGGAUACUGUUUCGGAGGAGCUCACCCACGAUGUAUUCUAGAUGUGACGGGAUGUAUGCGAAAGUCGUGUCCAGGUGACCCUGGAGCACGACCUCUGGAAUGGCAACGUCUGGUCCGUAAGCCUCGCGAACGAGGUCUCUGGCGGUGGCAGCACACUUUUGCACCACUUCCUUGGCAUUGCAUUUCAAGAAGAUCUCGCCCACGAACUCGUCUUCUGGUGCAGUGAGCGGCUUCUUGGCAUUGGGGAAAUGCCAGGGGGAGUGGUACGUCUCGGUCAAUGCCAGAUGUUGCUCCGCAAUGACUCUGCGACUGAUUCUCGAUCGCAACAGGGUGGUCAUGAAGCGGUCGCACUCUUCGCUACUAACCGAGUGCUGAAUCUCCAAGAUGCCCAUGGCGAGUUGCGGGAUGACUGACAAGUGAUCCUUGAGCAGCGAUUUGAUCACCUCGCAGAACCUGUCGUUGUCGUCAAGCGAGCGCACUGGAGGCACUUUUCGAAACUUUUCGAAAGCGUCGUAGUACAACUCAUAGACGUGGCUGAUGUGCGGAUUCCUUACCGCGGAGUAGGGCAGCGUCUGCAUGUUACGCAGACGGUGUGCUAUUCUCGUGGGGAGUUCCAGACGGACGUAGUUUGCAGAACUGAGUAAGCGGUCUUCUGUCAGCGUGCGGCCGAAGAAGGUCAGUUGUCGCAGGCUGAUGGGCCGCGCAUCACGCUGGACCCAUUCAUCCAGCACCGUCGAAGGCCGCCAUGGCGGUGGAGCGGUGCUGCUGCUAUGAUGAGCACCGCUGCCGGUAGCGG